UGAAAAGUGAAAGUGAAGUCACUCAGUCAUGUCCAACUCUUAGCAACCCCAUAGGAGAGGUUUAAUAUAAGUAUAAAUAGAAAUUAUUUACCUAAGCCAAAAAAAAAACUUGCAUAAUAUUGAAUUCUGCUUUUUCUCAUCUCGCCAUAUCUAAAACUAUCACCAUGUUAAUUUUACUUUCUAAGACUUUCUUGAUGCUUCUCUUCAACCCCAUCACCACUCCCAAUGAGGUAUUUUUUUUCCAUUUGGAUUAUGGUAUCUUAGUGUUUUACAUAUGUAGUUGAAGCUGUGAUGAGCUCCCCAGAUCCCUCCUCAGAAUUAAGUUUUUAUUUCCCAACUGCAAGAAGUCCUGCUGCCAAAGAGCCCGCUUCAGAACUCCCCUGACCCCAUCUCAGGAUAACUCUGAAGGGCAUAACCCAGUUCCCCAUUGGGUCCGUCAAGGCUCUGAGAUUGCAUUGAAGUCCAGCUUCUCCCAGUUCUGUCUCUUCCUUUCCAUAGGUGUUUAUCUUAAGAACACUCCCUAAUAAACUUCCAGUAAGCAACUUCUCUGCUUGCUGGGGACCCAACCUGUAACAACAUAUUUGUCUUGUUGAUAUUUUCCUUUUGGUUCUAGAUAUUCUGAAGUUCUAGUUAGCUAAAAUCUUACUAUGUCAAGAUCAUUUCAUCAGGCAUGUAUUGAGCACCUGUAAAGGAAAUGAAUUAAAACUUGGCUCCUGUCCUGAAAGAGUUUACAGCCUGAUCGAAGUGACAAUUACAUUUGAAACUAUACUAUAGCAUCUUUAGAAUAAUCCUUAAAAAAAAACAAAAAAAAAAACACCAAAACCCUAAACUUCAAUAAUUUUAGAAUAAAAGUGAGUGGCAUGGAUUUUACCCUUGGAUUACAAAGAACAACAGGAAAAUAUUUCAGGGAAAGGAAAAUGAAUAUAAAUAAAUAGGAUGAGAGUUUAGAAGGCUAUCGAAUUUGUCUUUAUGAUUCCAGAAAACUUUAAGGAAAAGGUAGUUUUUUCACUUUUUUAUUUUAAAUUAAGUAGAAACUUACAGAGAAUUUAUAAGACUAAUACUGAUCUCUCAUACAAUCUAUACAGAGUCAUCAGUUUUUAUCAUUUCUCCACAUGCUUCAGCAUUCUCAUUCUCUAUACACAUGUACACACUGACAAACAUACACACUCUUUUUCUGAAGCACCUGAGAAUAGGUAAGUACAUCACACCACUUUAUCCCUUAAUAUUAUAGUCUGUACUUCCUAAAAACAAGGAUAUUAACCUCGGUAAGCACCAUACACUUACCGAAUUCAGGAAAUCUGUUACUUUAAUCUACAGUCUAGAUUUAACUGUAAUUAUUCACCAAAAUGAAUUUUUAGAAAAGUUGUGUAACUUAACAUUUGCUAUAAAUUUAAACUAAAAAUUAUAUGAAGUAAGCCAUAGAAGAUCUCAGAAGUUUUCUAACUUGAUUAAAAAUAUAAUAGUGCACUCGCUUCUGACUUUUUAUGUAUGCUUAGUUGCUCAGUCGUGUCCGACUCUUUGCGACCCCCUGGGCUAUAGCCCACCAGGCUCCUUUGUCCAUGGGGCUUCUCCAGGCAAGAAUACUGGAGUGGGUUGCCGUGCCCUCCUCCAGGGGAUCCUCCCAACCCAGGGAUCGAACCCGCAUCUUCCCCAUUGCGGGCAGAUUCUUUACCGACUGAGUCACCAGGGAAGCCCUCUGACUUUAUAAGGGGAAAGCGUGGAUAGUCUCAGAUUACAUGUAAAGAUGUGAUUUAAAGCUCUUCAUAAGUGAGACUUGCUCUUGGGAGCCCAUUUUGUGAGGUGACUUUCAAAAGAGAUCGUGUAUUCUGGAUCUAGGGACUGUGGAUUUCCUUGACUUCCAUCGUCACAGCUUAAGUUUAACGAUGUUCUUUGGAACUGUCUUCCAGCCCGUGGGGGCCAGUAAAUAGGGGAUGGGCCGCCCAGAUAACUAGAUCUGGCUGGGCUCCCUCCCCACCUACACACAUGUGGUCAGGGUGCCAGGGGGAGUGGUCAGUGUGAGGCUCCGCUUCCACCGCGUGCCAGUCCGCAGAGACCCUGGGACGUCACUUUGGCCUAGCGGGCCCUGGUCUGUUGGGAGUUGGCGGUGGCGCCGGAAGCCCAAACCUGUAUCUGCUCCAACAUUCGACGCCCCUGGCGGUCAUGGCUUCUCCGCUGAAGCUAGAGCAGGACGUGCAGGGGAAAGUAGAUUCAUUCCGGGCCCGCAUCGCCCAGGAAGCUGAGGAUCUAGUGUCCACCUUCUUCCCUCAGAAGCUCUCGGAGCUAGAUAGUCGCGUCCAGGAGCUCCGCCUGCAAGACUUGUCCAGAAUCCGUUCAGUGCCAGCCCCAGAGAGCCUCAUUGCCCCAGAGAGCCUCGUCACCCCAGACACUGCGGGUGAUGGGCCCAAGCGGGAUCCGCCACCUCUGCAGACCCAGUCCUCCAUCAAGGUACUAGCACGGCCCGGCGGCGAGGGACAGCUUCUGCGGAGCAACCAGCAUCUGGUGGAGCUGAUUGAGCAUGUAAAGCCUGAGAUCGAGCUGCUGAGAGAGAAAUGCAACACGGUGCGGAUGUGGGUGCAGCUGCUCAUCCCGAAGGUGGAGGACGGCAACAACUUCGGCGUGUCCAUCCAGGAAGACACCGUGGACCAGCUGUGGACCGUGGAGAGCACAGCAGCCUCCUAUCUACGCCGCUUCUCCACCUACUACAACACCCGGGCAAAGUUGGUAUCCAAGAUAGUGAAAUAUCCCCAGGUGGAAGAUUAUCGCCGCACUGUAGCGGAGGUCGACGAAAAUGAGUACCUGAGUGUGCGGCAGAUCCUGCUCCAUUUACGGAACCAGUAUGCCACUUUGCAUGAUGUAAUCCUCAAGAACAUCGAGAAGAUCAAGACCCCUCGGAGCACCAACACUGACAACCUUUACUGAGGACCUUUCUCCACCCUACUUCCUUCAGGAGUUGGCUGAGCUGUUCGGAAGGCUGGUUAUCUACAGGUGGCGAAACAACUGGAAAUGUGCGUUACUCUUAAGAGACUGUUUCGUAGCUUAUCCUCAUACUAAAUCCUCUUGGUGUAAUUUUUAUUUGAUUUUUCUUUGGGGAGAGAGAAUGGGAUCAAGCCAUCUGUUUGAAGGUGGUAAGGCUGGUCAAGGAGAAAGGAUGGCCAUUUUAAAAACAGCUUUAUAGAUGAAUGUUGGCCAAGGUUUCUUUUUUUUAUGGCAUUGGUGAUAUUGAAUGGUUUCAGGGGUUAAUUAAAAAAAAAAGUUUUAAAGAAAGUUCAAUGACGCUUUUCUUAAGGUUCUGCUCUGUUACUUUGUUCAAACCUCAGAAAUGCUCCUUUUAUACCAUCUUUUGUUUUUUGCAAGAAAAAGAGUUUAAAGGGAUGCGUUUAGGUCAUUGUAUGCUUUCAAUUUAGCAAAUUGAAAUAAAAAUCAUUUUUUGAUGGCCUGUGUGCUUAUCUGAACUUUAAUUUUCAGAUGUGUAGUUUUCCUCCUCCUCAGCUGGACUCAUACCUUUGGUAUUUUUCAACUCUGAUGUGUAAGAAAAAUGAGCAUAUAAAGAGGGAUAGAUCUCAGUUGUUCUAAAGAAAUGGGCAUCUAUACCUCCCUUAGACUGAAGAGAAAUCUGUGAAAAUGGCUUCCUGGCACAAUCUUCUGCCAUCUCAGCAUCAUCUAUUUUCCUUUUACACACAGUUUAGAGUUUCUUCUGUAUAUCCAUUUGUUUAAGUCCCUGCUAAGUCCUUCAAGCUUUAUAUCACAUUUUUUGCCCUCAACUGAUUUCCAACUCCUGUACCCUUUUGUCCCUUAAGAUAU